CUGAAAUCCGAGAUGCCUCGCAGCCUGGACUUGGUGAGGUCCCAGUAAAAGCAGCUCGCCUGCUAUCCCUCUCCCUAAGCAGUCACUCCGUUGCAUUGGCCUGGGCAGCAUGGAGCUAGUCCCCUGGACUCACAUAGGACUCGCACUCCUCCAGCUCCUUUUCAUCUCCUGCUUGCCAAGAGAAUACAUGGUGAUCAAUGAAAACUGCCCUGGAGCUGAAUGGAAUAUCAUGUGCCGGGAAUGCUGUGAAUAUGACCAGAUCCAGUGUGUCUGCCCGGGCGGGAAAGAAAAAGUGGGCUACACCAUUCCCUGCUGCAGGAAUGAGGAAAAUGAGUGUGACUCCUGUUUAAUCCACCCAGGCUGCACCAUUUUUGAGAACUGCAAGUCCUGCCGCAAUGGCUCCUGGGGUGGAACGCUAGACGACUUCUACAUCAAAGGGAUCUACUGUGCGGAGUGCAGAGCAGGCUGGUACGGAGGGGACUGCAUGAGAUGUGGGCAGGUUCUUCGGGCUUCCAAGGGUCAGAUUUUGCUGGAGAGCUACCCACUGAAUGCACACUGUGAAUGGACCAUUCAUGUUAAACCUGGGUUUAUCAUCGAAUUAAGGUUUGCCAUGCUGAGCCUGGAGUUUGACUACAUGUGCCAGUAUGAUUAUGUGGAGAUCCGGGAUGGGGACAAUAUAGAUAGCAGGAUAAUUAAGCGUUUCUGUGGCAAUGACAGGCCGCCUCCAAUCCGAAGCACUGGGACCUCACUCCAUGUUCUCUUCCAGUCUGAUGGAUCCAAGAACUUUGAUGGGUUUCAUGCUAUCUUUGAAGAAAUUACAGCUUGUUCUUCAUCUCCAUGUUAUCAUGAUGGAACAUGUAUUCUUGAUAAAGUUGGUGCCUACAGAUGUGCUUGUCUGGCAGGCUAUACCGGGAAUCACUGUGAAAGCUUGGUGAUGUGUAGGACUCCAGGUGCUCCCGCUCAUGGUAUUGUGGAAGGAGAUGACUUUAAAUACGGGGCCCAGGUUUACUUCAAGUGCAACGCAGGUUACAACUUAAAAGGCAGCCGUGUUGCCUACUGUCAGCUUGAUGGGAGUUGGUCAACACAUCAUCCUGAAUGUGUUCUACAAGAAAAAAACUGCUCAGACCCUGGUGGCCCAUUCAAUGGCUACAGAAGAGUGGUGGAAGACACUGGGCUAAUGACCGGACGCUAUGCAAAAAUUGGCACAGUCAUUGCUUUCUUUUGUAACAACUCAUAUGUUCUUAGUGGUAAUGAGCAGAGGACCUGCCAAGACAAGGGAGAGUGGUCAGGGAAACAACCAAUCUGCAUAAAAGCCUGCAGAGAGCCAAAGAUCUCUGACCUGGUGAGACAGAAAGUGCUUCCAAUGCAGGUUCAGUCAAGGGAGACGCCUUUGCAUCAACUCUACUCUUCUGCAUUCAGCAAACAGAAGCUCGAAAUAUAUCCAACCAAGAAGCCAACGCUGCCCUUUGGAGAUCUGCCUCCAGGGUACCAGCAUUUGCACACUCAGCUUCAGUAUGACUGCAUUUCUCCCUUCUACCGCCGCCUGGGAAGCAGCAGGAGGACCUGUCUGAAGACAGGAAAAUGGAGCGGGCGGGCUCCCUCAUGCAUUCCAAUCUGUGGAAAAACGGAAAACAUCACUCUUCAAAAGACUUCAUCUAUCAGAUGGCCCUGGCAAGCAGCCAUCUAUCGGAAAGCCAAUGGGGUAAAGGAGAUCAGCCUCCGGAAGGGGGCGUGGAUCCUGAUCUGCAGUGGGGCCCUGGUGAACGAGCGCACCGUGGUGGUGGCAGCUCACUGUGUCACUGACUUGGGGAAGAUCACUGUCCUCAAGACAGCGGAACUCAAAGUGGUCUUGGGGAAAUUCUACAGGGACGACGACCGAAAUGAGAAGACCAUCCAGAACUUACGGAUUUCUGCCAUCCUAGUGAAUCCAAACUAUGACCCCAUAUUGCUUGAUUCCGACAUGGCCAUUGUAAAACUCCUGGACAAAGCCAAAAUCAGCAGCCAUGUUCAACCCAUUUGCCUGGCAUCUGCUCAUGAUUUGGACCCAUCCACAGAGGAUUUAAAAAUAGUGAUUACUGGCUGGAAGAUACUCGCUGACAUUAAGGAUCCCAGCUACAAGAAUGAUACAAUCCGCAUGGGAGCUGUUCAGAUGGUGGACUCGCUGUUGUGCGAGCAGCAAUAUGAGGAUAAUGGAAUCCAGGUCAUCAUCACUGACAGCAUGUUCUGUGCCAGGCAGCACCCCACUGCCUUUUCUAACAUCUGCCCUGCUGAGACUGGAGGCAUUGCAGCCAUAACUUUGCCAGGAAAAGCAUCUCCUGAGCAAAAAUGGCACCUGAUGGGAUUAGUGAGCUGGGGUUACGAUAAAACUUGCAGCCUAGAACUCUACACUGGCUAUACCAAAGCAAUUCCAUUCAAGGACUGGAUUGAGAAGAACAUGAAAUAAAACGCUGGGUCUGGACAUGGCGUUUUAUAAGUUUCGUAGUUUCUCUCACAAUCUCUACUGCUUUAGGCUUCUCUUCCCACCGAUGAGCCACAUUUGGGUUACAGUUAAGGCAGAUGCCCUGACAAUUUGUCAUAGGCUCCGCUGUUCAAUGAGGCCACUUUACUUACAGGCUCUCUCUGUGUGAGGGGUUUCAACAUAUCUCAGCCUGCCUGUUUCCCUGCGUGUGAAGAUGGUGCUUGGCUCCUGAGUCUGACACCCAUAAGCAGGACAACUAGUAAUGGCUGAAUUCAGUCUGUGGUAUAUAGUCAGCCGGAUAAAUGGAUCUGUGUGCAUUUCACAAAGGAGCAUAGGUUUGAGAGAAUUUGGAGGUUGGAAAGAGUAGCCUGAAGUAAUUACUAUGGAUGAGCCUGUUAUGGUGUUUUCUCUGUAUUGCCAUAGUACGAUGUAUUCUUUCCCCCUCCUAAGUACUGUGCACAUUAA